UCUGUGUGUCCCCCCUCCCCAUACUGUCUGUCUGGCUCUCUCACCUCUCUCUCCUCCUAUGCAUCAGCUGGCAUCCGCUCUCUACUUUCCCCCUUGCCUCAGUUCCUCACUUCUCUCUUCUCCUCUGAUACGUCUGUCUCUUUUUCUCCCCUUCUUCCACUCUUUCACCCACUCCUCAUCCUCAAGCCACCAUGGUGAACAGAUAACCGCCCGGCCGUCCUGCGACCAUGGGUGCCUGCCUCUGCAAAGGUCACAAAGAGCUCCAUCAUGCCAUGACAACACUGCAGGACCGGACUGAGGAGGGUCAGCCAUCCUCUGUCAAGGAUGGUCAGAAUCCCUCCUACGGCGGUGUUGCAGAUAAAACCGGCGGUUAUGACAUCGGUGAGCUGGCCACCUCCUCUUUGAUGGGUUUGGUGGCCACGAUAAAGGAGCAUAUCACCAAGCCGACAGCAAUGGCCCAGGGGCGGGUUGCUCACCUGAUUGAGUGGAAGGGCUGGGGUGGAGGUGGCGAGGCCAGAGGAGGUUGGAGCGGGGCCUGGGGUAAAGGAGGUGGAGGAUGGGGUGGGGUGGGUGCCGAGCUGCAGGAGGAUGAACAAUUCUACUCCCAGAUGACAGACGAGAUCAAGGAAGCUCGCUUCGCGGCAGGUGUAGCAGAGCAGUUUGCCCUGGCUGAGGCAUCAAUGAAUGUGUGGUCCAUGAACGACAGCUUGGAGCAGCCUUCCACCAGCUUGCAAGCUACACAAAGUCACUUCUUGUCUCAGUUUCUGCUGGACGGUGGAAGCGUCAGUGUUCCCCAGCACCUGUACAGCAUCCAUGCCCAGACUUAUGGCAACAACAGGGUGGCCCACCUGUUCCCCCCGCCAGUGGUUAACUCCAUUUCCCCGACGUCCAACACUCAGCAGGAGGGAGAUCAUCCCUUCGAGGACAGGAGCACUGCAACUGCAGAGGCUGCUGUCCGGCACGUAGACAGCAGCUCGCUAUCCGAGGAUGAUGUUUUUUAUAACUAGGAAAAGAAUCUUGUUUGAAAUCCUCUAAAUUCCUCUCACUGAGAGGACUUGAGCCUCAACCACCAGCAAUGACAGUAUCAGCAAUGGUACAAGAAAUAAAGGUAGACAUCUGUGAGAUAUCUCAAGAGAGUUCUCCAAAUGACUUCAUUGGAAAGGUCUAAGAUCUGGGCUUCAGAUACAAAGACUCCAAAUUGUUUUUCUCCCAGGUUGAGGUAUAUACUUUUGUGAAUGUACAUAGUUCCCCUGUUACAUUUAAAUUUUGUAUUCACUGUACAUUACACAUUUUCAUAUUAUAUGUAGAACUGAACUGUGACGAGUCAAACAAUACCGGUGUAAAUAUCUUGUUA